AACGAGACGGGCGGCAGAAAGAGGAGAGGAAAGCAAACCAGAGGAGAGAAAAGAGAGCAGAGGAGGCGGCGAAGAGAGAAGGGGGCACAAAGAGGCGGAGGAGAAGAAGAUCUGAGCGUAAAAAUCCCUCCUUUUGCCGUUUUCUUGAAGGAUUCCAAGGAGGCUAACCGAUUUAAUACCUCGGAAAGGGCGUUUUCCGUGCUUUCCAGGCGAAAAUCCGUCGGGAAACGGCGGAGAUCUACUUCGGAGAUCGGUUCUCGAAGGAGAGAGUGGUUGGAGGAUGAGAAAAGGGGGGGAGAGGUGAUCUCAUUGGAUGAAAGAGAUCGAAGGGAGAUGGAGAGGAAUCGAGAAGCACGGAGAGGAACCGUGGCGGCUGUGAACGGUGGGUUGUCUAGGAGGAGGCAGAGGAGCAGCAGCUUGAGAGACUCUCCUGCUUUUACAGAGGAGGAUGGAGGGAUGGAGAUGGCCGAGACGACGAGGCUCCGGGAUCGAGGGAGCAAGAAGGAUCGAGAUCGGGAUAGAUCUAGCCGGUCCAAGAGGAGGAGAGGCGAGCGGAUGCUGCACGGGAGCAACAGAGACGAAGGGGAUGAUAGCUCCGAGGAGAGCGUCGACGACGAGGAGGAGGACGAUGAAGACGACGUGUCCGUGGCCGUCCGGUCGCCGCCACCGCCACCUCCUCCGGCGAAUCCGGCCUCCUCGUCCUCUUCUCUACCUCAGAGCAACCACCAUCACCACCACCAGCAGCAGAACCGGAAGAGUUUUCCGCCCAAGGUCACGACGAGGACUCCGCCGGUCUGGAAGCCAGACGAAAUGAUCGGAUUCUUGGUGCCGAGAAAAGCCCGGUCAGCUUCUACGAAAAGGUCACAUGAAUGUUGGGUUUCAGGUGGCUCUGGAAGUGGAGAGCAGGUUCCACGGCAAGCUUCGGCCUCUCCGUCGAGGCUCAGCCCUGCCUCCACCACCCAGAUCUCACCCUCCUCCAACGCCACCGCUCGCAAGAAGAUGAAACCGAUGAGUGGACCCAAGCACCGGCCACCAAAGGUCUCCAAGUCGCCGUCUUUGAUCGAGGAAGAUAUCGAGAUCGAGGUCGCUGAGGUGUUGUUUGGGAUGACGAGGCAAUUCCCAUGCCCGCCGAAACAGGAGACGUCCAAGAUGGAUUCCAAGGAGAUGAAUGGCGGUGCGAGCAACGAAUCUAAGUCGAGAGUCUCCUCACCAAACGCGAUCUCCCCUCCUCCCCCAGCAUCCCAGACAUCGGUUCUUCCUCCGUCCAAUUCUAGCUCUAAUCCCACUUCCUUGUCUGCUAUUGCUCCGAAGAGGAAAAGGCCAAGGCCUGUUAAAUUUGAGGAUGAAAGCCCCACAAGUCCUGUUGGCCUAGACGCUCUUCCAAGCACAUCCGUGUCCUCUUCAGCUAAGUUGGAAUCUGAGCAACCGAUGAAGACCGAGGCUUCGUCACCCCGAUCAGAGAAGAACACUGCUGCUCCUGCCAUCGAGAACGGUGAUGUGUCUGUCCCUCAGGUGGCAGCGGCCGCUUUGGAUGUACAGCAAGAAUCAGCAAAGACAGAGAGCAAUUCAGUUCCUGAUGCGAAGCUCUUGAAGGGAGAACCAAAUGGCCAGAAUCGGACAGAGAGUCAUAAAGAAGCUGCUUCACCUGCAAAGGAAAAUUCCUGUGCUGAUUUGGAUGUCAAUCAUGUGGAAGAAACUGCAGCAAAGGGAUCUCCAACGGCUGACAGCGUCCGCGAAGAGAAGUUUAACAUUGAUCUAAUGGUUCCUCCUCCAGAGAGGGAUGAAUUGUGCGACUUCGAUUCAUAUCACAAGUCGCAGGGUCCAGAGAUUGACAUGGUGUCAAAAGUAAACAAUGAGAAGAAGGAAGAAAAGGCAGUGGAGAGAACAACACAAGUAGAUGAAAUUCCUGAGGUCGACCGGAAGGUUGAGAAAUCCACCAAGGAGGAAUCCAAUUCAAAGAAGCAGAUGGGUAAGGGGAGGACCUUUGACCUGCAACUUGAUUUGGAGAAGCCAGAUAAAGACAGCCUUGAUGGCGGCAGGCUGCCAUUCCUGAAGCAGCAACCAAAAGUCUCUAAAUCGGAGCCUGAACCUGAGAGGCCUGCGUCAUCUGCUUCCGUGCCUAUGCCGAUGACUGUCGCAGGCUGGCCCGGAAGUUUUCCUCCUUUCGGGUAUAUGGGCCAAGUCCCAUCUCUGCAAGCAGCCGUUCCGAUGGAUGGAAUGCCAGGAUCUUCCAGUAUCUUGCAGCCUCCUAGCUUCCUUUCUCCACAGCCCCGCCCAGGGCGCUGUGCGACACACUGCUACAUUGCACAGAACAUAUGCUACCAUCAGCGACUUGCAAAGAUGAAUUCUUUCUGGCCUGCAGCGGCCGGCAGCACGCCACCGAUAUACGGGGCCAAGCCAUACAAUCUCAAUGCAGUGCCACCUUCAGAUGCAUUUGCAGGUGGCUUCCCGGGCAGGAAUGUGGGCUCUUUGCAAGACAAUAAGGGCGCUGCAGUGGUGCCUGCGCUCCCCGGGCCUCCCUCUAAGGAUAUGAUGCCAUCGGCCAAAAAUAGUACUGUGGAAGCUGCCCAGAGGAAACAGCCAGGCCACCAGCAGCCACCCCAGCCUGGAUCAGCAGCCAAUGCUCUACCUGGCCCUGCAUUCGUUUUGCCUCUCAACCAUCAGCAGGCUGCUGCAGCUGCCGUGGCCGCUGCUGGCACCCGAUCUGGUGGGUCAAAAUCUACUCCAGUGCCACCAUCUUCUGGUGCCUCUUCAUCGGCAGUGAUGAGCUCGGCAUCUGGUGGACAGGCAGCACCCAUGAGCUUAAGCUUUCCCGGCUUGCCCCCAAAUGAAACGCAGUACCUGGCUAUACUACAGAACAAUGCGUACCCUUUUCCUAUUCCUGCUCAUGUUGCAGGAGCUCCACCUUAUAGAGGAAGUCCUGGCCAAGCAAUGCCCUUCUUCUACCCUUCCCAGGUGCUCCACCCAUCGCAACUCCAACAGCAGGGACUGCAACAACCUCCCCAUGCCCAACAAGGCCGCCAGAAUACAAGCACAUCGAGUGGAUCAUCAUCCUCCCAGAAGCACCUGCAGCAGUCACAGCAGGCCUUGGGAGGUGGAGCCAGUGGCGGUGCCAAUUCACUUGGCUUUCCAGCUACAAACCAGAGGCAGCACCUGCUCCCCCACCAGGCUCGGCAGCAGGAGUCUGAUAAGGGCUUGGAAGACAGCCCCUCCACUGCUGAUAGUAGGGUUUCUCAAGUACAGAAGAGCAUCUACAACCACAACUUCGCAAUGCCGAUUUAUUCUCAGAAUUUUGCCUUGAUGUCUAAUGCCAACGCUGCUCCUGCAUUGGGCACUGGUGGGGGUCACAGUGACAAGCAACCUUUGCAUCAUCAGCAGCAGCAACCACUGCAGAACCAAACGGUGAAAGUGGAGCUCACAUCGUCCCAAGCUUUUGCAAUGCCCUUUGCAUUUAGUGGGGCUGGAGCAGCUGCACCAGGCCUUGACUUCUCUUCCAUGGCACAAAAGCAUGCCCUUUUCCAGAGCUUCCCAGAGGCUGCGAGGCAUGGCUACCACCAAUUCGCCACAGCUGCUGCUGCUGCCCAAGCAGUGCAGCAGAAAAAGGCCAUGGAAGAUGUGAAGCCUGCUACGGACCUGACGAAUGCAAGUGUUGCGGCUGAAGAGGAGAGGAAGGUGAUGGCAGGCAGCAAAGCUCCGGCUAGUGGUUCACAGCAUUGCCUUAACUUCUCCAAACCAGAUAGUGAGCCUCCCAUCUCUUCUAUCAUUGGCAACAGUGUCAUUGACAGCUCAUCUCGAACACUGAAUCUCAUUCCAGCUGCUUCAAAUCCCAGUCGAACAGCAAACCGGCCUGGUGGUGCUGCUCCAUUGACCACAUUGGCUGCCACAGCUACUGUCAACCUUUCCAAUUCCCAGCAGCAGCAGCUAAUUCAACUUCAGAAGCACCACCAGCAGCAGCAGCACCACCAGCAGCAGCAGAAUCUGCACCAGCAGCUGCAGCUGCAGCAGCUGCAGCUUCAGAAUCUGCACCAGCAGCAGCGACAUCUUGCAUCAACCCAUGUGAAGUCCUCUACAUCAAGCAACAGUGCAAGUGUCUUCUCUGAUCGUCUGCCUGGGGGCUCUACUGUUACUAAGUACCCACAAACUCUUCCCAGUUUCCCUCAGUCUCUUAUCCAAGGAGGCAGCCCCACCCAGUCGCCGCAGUGGAAGGCCUCCACUGCAAGAUCUGGCACACCUGCCCCUGCCUCUGCCCCAUCUUCUGCUCCAUCAGUAGUGAAGAACAACCAUCUCCUUCAGCAACCAGGUAGAGCGUCCCAGCAGCCUCUUCCUGCCUCAGGCCACCAAACUCAGAUUUCUUUUGCUGGCGUGAAUUCGGUGAAAACGGUAUCCUCCGCUGGAGGACAGCACCACUCCGGGGCAACUAGCAAUCCAUCUCCAUCUGCCACCCCCAUUGCUGUUGGCUCCCCCUCAAAUUCAGUUUCCAAGACUGCUGGUGGCAGUCCACGGGCUUCAGCAAGUGCAAAACCUGGUCAACCAGCAACUGCUAUGCCUCUUCCCCCACAAUCAUCUGCCAAGAGUUGUGUGUCGAGUUCGAGCUGCAAGUCAUCGCCGGUGGCUAAUCAAAAUGUUCCAUCCAUUCUGGGCCAUCCCCAUAUUACUUCUGCCCCAAGCUCUGGUUCUAAACCCCAACAGCCGCACCAACAGGCUCAGCCCUUCCCUAGACCGCAUCCGUUCCCUAAUGCUCAGCUCAUGUUUUCCAAUCCCUACCCACUGCUUCAAGCACGGUCUCCUCAAGCCCAUGCUGCUGCUGUGUACUACCAGAGACACCCAUCUGAACAACAGCUACCCCAACCGUCUCAGCAGCAUCAACACCAGCCAAAUGCGACGCCCCUCGGCCAUUCUGCUCUAACGAUGGCUGGUGCCUCUCCGACAAAUGACCCUACAAGAGCUGCGGCAGUGGCAGCAGCAGCAGCUGCCGCUGCCGCUGCCGCUGCGAGCAACAUGAAGGCAUUUUCCCCUCCGGGCCUGAUGCAUGCUGCGCAGCUUGCUGCGGCUGCACAGUCUGCUGCUGGCGCUCCCCACCAUAUCAUCCCUGGCUCAUUCCCUUAUAUGAUGCCGCCCAUCUCCGUGAAGCCUGCAGCUGAUCAGAAGCCUGCAGCUGGGAAUGACAAUUUGCAUGCGUGCUGGCAGCCUGAGAAGAGAUGAUGGAGCUGACGACGCUGCUGCUGGGGCCGAGUGGACCACCGGUUCUCAGGCACGCCAUGGGAGGCCGUCGUCUCUCUUGUUUGGGUCCGGCGGUGCAAGAGGAUACGUGGCUUUUGCGUCCGCAAUUUUGGAAUGAUGAAAGAGGCCGUUUCAGACUUCGCCUCGGCGUUUCCACUGGUGGAGAGUUUCAAGGAGAGAGGGAGGAAAAUGAAGGUAGAUGGUGGUCGGCCGUAGUCGGCGGGCCCCGCUUGCCGGUUUCUUGGUCCGGGUUUUCUAUCCUUCUCUGCCACCGUGAGCGGAAAGAGAAUGCGGGGUUGAGACCCAGAGAGGGGACGAUAAGGACAAGAACCGAAGAAGACUUUGAAACAACGGCAUGGAUGUGUAUAGAAUUUCCUCCCAUCUUCAAUUUUGUAUUUGGUGGUCUGAUGUCUGCUACCAUCGUUUGGGCGCCUUUCUUUUUCCUUCUUAAUUUAUUCCAACUUGAUAUCAAAGAGAGAUGAAUGACAGUGAUUAUUUUAUAUUAUUUUGUUGAUGAUUCUUGUGAGACA